CAGUUGGGGGCUUGCAUACCACAGAUAGAGAGGACUUCUGUAGAGGAACAGUGGAGAUAGUGGACGGUGUGCAGCUUAGUAAAGUUUUGUGGGAUUACCGAGGACAUUUAAUUCUUGUGUGCAUUCAGAUACCUAAUAAACAACCAGGAUAUUUAAUAAAGAACAGUGUUAAACUGCUGAAAGAGGUGAAGCACAAGCCAUCCAGAAGAAUCUCCUGAAAACGCAGAAAUUGUUUGCUACAUUUCACAGACAGAUGGAGCCAAGUCCCAACAUGGAGGAACAUCAGCACUCUGUCAAGAGUUUUACUAAACAGAGUGAUCUCAAAAAACACCAGCGCAUUCACACAGGAGAGAAACCACAUCACUGCUCAGACUGUGGGAAGAAUUUUACUAAACAGAGUAGUCUCAAAAUACACCAGCGCAUUCACACAGGAGAGAAACCACAUCACUGCUCAGACUGUGGGAAGAAUUUUACUAAACAGAGUAGUCUCAAAAUACACCAACGCAUUCACACAGGAGAGAAACCGUAUCACUGCUCAGACUGUGGGAAGAGUUUUAAUCAACAGAGUGAUCUCAAAAAUCACCGGCGCAUUCACACAGGAGAGAAACCGUAUUACUGCUCAGACUGUGGAAAGAGUUUUACUAAACAUAGUAAUCUCAAACUGCAUCAGCGCAUUCACACAGGAGAGAAACCGUAUUACUGUUUCGACUGUGGGAAGAGUUUUACUCAACAGAGUAAUCUCAAAAUACACCAGCGAAUUCACACAGGAGAGAAACCGUAUUACUGCUCAGACUGUGGGAAGAGUUUUAAUCUACAGAGUACUCUCAAACUGCACCAGCGCAUUCACACAGGAGAGAAACCAUAUCACUGCUCAGACUGUGGGAAGAGUUUUAAUCUACAGAGUACUCUCAAACUGCACCAGCGCAUUCACACAGGAGAGAAACCGUAUUACUGCUCAGACUGUGGGAAGAGUUUUAAUCUACAGAGUACUCUCAAAAUACACCAGCGCAUUCACACAGGAGAGAAACCGUAUUACUGUUUCGACUGUGGGAAGAGUUUUACUCAACAGAGUCAUCUCAAAAUACACCAGCGAAUUCACACAGGAGAGAAACCGUAUCACUGCUCAGACUGUGGAAAGAGUUUUACUAAACAGAGUAAUCUCAAAAAACACCAGCGCAUUCACACAGGAGAAAAACCGUAUCACUGCUCCGAUUGUGGGAAGAGUUUUACUUUACAGAGUGAACUUAUAUUACAUCAGUGCAUUCACAAAAGAUAGAAAAGUAUCCCAAAUCUGUUCCUCUGCCAUAAAAAAUGCAAACCUUAAAUCUUUCAGACAGCCAAAAACACCUCAUCAUGCACAAAAUCUUCACUCUGUUACAAGAACUUCAUUUAAAAAUGGCUUUUU